AUUAAUUAAAGAUCUCAAUCCAGGGUCAACAAAUACUUUUAAUCAAAUAAAUGCAUUUUUCUUUCCCAAAGAGGCACGAAUACUAUGCCCAAAGCGUCAAUUUAUUUUUACUCUCAUGUUUCUUCUUAUGCGACUCUUCGUUUGCUAUGUACACACAAAUUAAAUACCUUAAUUUAUUCUGAGACAGCUUGUUAAUUCAUGAACUGAUGCUCUUCACACAGUUCAACAAUGGCUAGAGUUGGAGCCCUUGUUGAUCUUUUACUCUUCUACACACUUGAGAGAUCACUCUUCAACAGAAUGGUUCGCAUUAUCGGCAAAACUUCGCUAGAAGUUAAAAGAACAAUAGCACUUUGGCUUGUACUAGAGGAGAUUGGUUAUCAUGACUUAAUUCGAACGAUAUAUUCCUACGACAACAAAACCAUUGAAGCGCUCUCCAACGAAGCAUUGCAAUGCCUGGAAUGCAUGAAACCUGAUGCUCUUGAACCAACUGUAUUACACGAUAAUCCUGUUUUUCAAGGCCUCUUGGAUGAACCUAUGAAUUUCAGAUUCUUUUACUACAACCGGGAGUUCAUAUACAAGCGCUACAUGCACAUAAUGGAGACUGUUUGUAACAAAAUAUUUGGUGACACAGCCGCUAUAGAAGUCGACGAGUCCGGUUUGAGGCCUGUGGUUAGACCCUUUAUCGAGAGUUCCAGUGCUGCAGCCAUUAAUGUAACUCCAAGAGAAUCAAAUUUGAAUGCUGAAGCUUCAGAGUUUCAUCCUACACAAUCUCCGGAAGAUGCCAAGACAAUGUUUCUAACAUUUUCCAAAGGCCACCCUCUAACACGUGAAGAAAUUGUAAACUUCUUUACCUCGAAGUGGGGUGAAGUAGUGGAAGAUGUUAUCAUUGAACAAAGUCGUCUGGGACAGGAUCCACAGUUUGGACGUAUAUUAUUUACAACAUCAACAGUGAUACCUAGGGUUCUAAAUGGUGAAUCCAAAGCUAAGUUUUUGGUUAAUCGUAAGCAUUUGUGGGCUCGUAUUUAUGUGCAUCGUCAUGGAGGCAGGGCAGGAGGACUACUUAAUCGUGCAAAACAAGUUUAAAAUUGUUAAGAGCGUGAGACAGCACAUAGACAGUAAAACCUUUCUAUAAG